AUGGGACCGACGAUGUUGAAUCUAAAAAUCGAUCCAUUGAUUCAAACAAGUGCCGUCACCGGGCUUGGUAUUCUUUUCGCACAAACUGGUCAUACAAAUGUCGUCAAUAAGUUGCUUAAUGAGAUAGGGAAGUCUCUGCGUGCUGAUGAAGAACCGUCACCAGAACUUCCAGCUUACAAGUUAAGCGCAGGAUUUGCGAUAGGAUUAAUAUGUCUCGGAUUGGGAGAUGAAAUUGCUGCCGCAAGACCACCAUUUGAACAACCACUUCCAUCUAUUCCGGAUCGACUUCGUGCUUUGAUGCUUGGAGGACCAAGGGAUCAAUGCGUGUUUAUACAUCCUCAAAUGAUGACAUGUCCAGAAGCACAAGCGGCCACCACAGCACCGCCGCAAGAGAGUCGUUCAAACCAUGUCAGAGAAGGUUCAAAUGUUAAUAUUCAUAUGACUGCUCAUCCGGCCACGAUUGCCUUAGGAUUGAUGUACAUGCGUACGGGAAAUGAGGCGAUUGCUAAGGAUUUGGCAUUGCCAGCCACAAUUUCGAUGCUUGAAGAGAUUCGCCCAGAUUUGAUUUUUAUUCGUGUAUUGGCGAGAAGUUUAGUACUUUGGGAUCAAAUAGAGCCAACCGUGGUGUGGAUCGAUAAACAAAUCCCCGAUAUUAUCCACGAAUACGCCUACUCUGUGUUGAAAUUCCCAUCAUCUGUCGAAGUCGAUAUAUCGGAGAAGGAACAAGCUUAUUGGGAUGAGGUUGUCGAUAAAGAAACUGUAGCGGAGGUUUACUUGUACGCCAUGAGCGGUGCAUGUUUUGCAAUGGCAUUAAAAUAUAGCGGAGCGAUCGGCGACACUUACGAUAAUGUUUCUGCAAUAUUAGAAGAACGACUACGGUAUCUCAUGCACGAUUUUAACAUCGAAAACAUAGAUUGGCCGGCUAGACAUCUAAUCAGAGCAGCGACUCGAAGCGUGGUGAAUCUUUGCGCUGAUAUGAUGCUGACCAGCAUGGCAAUAUUGAAUGUUGGACGAGGAAAAGUAGAAACUAUAAGAUUUGCUCGAUAUCGUCGAUCACAUGACUAUGAACUCUCGUACUGGUCUCAUUAUUUAUGGAAAUAUCACGAGGAAAUGUCGGUGCAUCGGUCGUUAGCAAUGCUUUUCUUGGGUGAAGGGAGGUACGGUUUCAAGCAUGAUAACCUCUCUAUUGCUUUGCUGGUGAUAUCGAUGUAUCCAAUCGUGGGUCACAACGUGGCGGAUAAUCGACUCUAUCAUCAGCCGCUACGUUUUCUUUGGACACAUGCGGUGGAACCGCGAUUACUCGUCCCGAUGUGCCGAAAGAAGAACAAGCCGAUUCAAUGCGACAUUGAAAUAAAGUUUAAGAGCGCGACACCGCAGGCAUACUAUGACACUGCACCUACAGUUCUACCACCGAUCGAUGACGUGACCUCGAUUGCGUUACGUGGAGCCGGCGUAGAGGAGAUAUACUUUGACUUGACUAAUGAGGAGAGAAAGCGAGAAUUUGUCGAAAUUCUCACCACCGGACAUGGACGAGUGCCAAUAACUGUCACUGAGAGUUGCUUGGAUGAUCACGAACUCGCCCAACAGGAGGACUGGACUUUGAGGCAGAUAUUUGAUCAUCGAGUCGAUCGUCCCAGUUGUAAAGUCACGAAAUUGGCGAAGGAAUUGGAGCGAAUGAGGAUGCCAAGUCAUCCUGGAGGUUCGGCCGAUUUAAGAUGGCGAUCGAUCGAUAGUGCACCAGCUGUACGACAAUAUCUGAAAACACUCCAUAUGGAGAUCAACCACUCGUCACCGUGCCUGUCCUCGUUCGUUGCAAACGACAUGAAAUUGGCGUCAUGUGUGGCUGAAUACGCUGGUAACAUGUCGUUAGCGAAUCGGCUGGACAUUGAAGCUCAACGGCUGGAACGAGAAGCAGAAGCAUCGCUUGCUAGUUUCCCAACACCGGUCGUUGAGGAAGAACCACAAGUUGCCGUCGCAGCUGAACCGAUUGCUCAUGCUCAUGUCGCACCAGUGGUGGCAUCAGUGCCUGCGGUAGCACCGGCACCGUACUAUCCUUCACCGGUUCUUCCCUAUGCGGUGCACACUCAUUACUACCACCCACGCACUGAACUUCAUAACGUUGUGAAAUCCUAUGCUAAAGAGAGCGGUCACGCUUCUGCAACAUCUGUGGUUUCCGAGAACGGACAUCUUCCUGGCGGUUUAGGACUUCAUCCCACCGAACACCACCUCUCCGACGCUCUUGCGCUACCGUUCCGUGCCCGUCUUCAUCGUCAAAAACACGCUAAAAAAUCGCGUAAAUCGUUUGAUAAGAAGUCGAAGAACUGA